UAAUGUGACGUGGAAUCUCGACGUAGAAUUCAUUGCUGCCAGUAAAACAGAGGACAUCACUUGUACAAUAUUUUGAUAAUUCCCAGUCUAACAUGAUGCUCCGACGUGAUAAGAAAGACGAGGAAGAUGGAAGCAAUCCAUUCCAAAAUCUGGACAGAAGCGCAGUCCUCCAAGAGGCCCGUGUGUUCAAUGCUACUCCUAUAAAUCCAAGGAGAUGCUGCCAUAUUUUGACAAAGGUCAUGUACAUCAUCAACCAGGGAGAAUCAAUUGGGACUACAGAGGCUACAGAGACUUUCUUUGCCAUGACAAAGCUCUUCCAAUCAAACGAUGUCAUGCUCCGUCGUAUGGUAUACCUGAUGAUUAAAGAGAUGGCUAAUCUCGCAGAGGAUGUGAUCAUAGUGACUAGUAGUUUGACCAAGGAUAUGACAGGCAAGGAAGAUCUUUACAGGGCUGCUGCCAUACGCUCCCUAUGCAAGAUUACUGAUAGCUCCAUGUUGCAAGGAAUAGAGCGUUACAUGAAGCAGGCUAUUGUGGAUAAGGUUUCUAGUGUUUCUUCUGCAGCUCUCUGCUCAUCUCUGCACCUGUUGAAGCAAAGUCCUGACGUGGUGAAGAGAUGGGUUAAUGAGGUCCAGGAAGCAGCCUCGAACGAUAACAUCAUGGUUCAGUACCAUGCCCUGGGCUUACUCUAUCAUAUCCGCAAGCAUGAUCGUCUGGCUUCUUCUAAGAUGGUUAGCAAGUACACUAGGGGUGGACUCAAGUCCCCCUAUGCCACCUGUUUGCUGAUUCGCAUUGCUGCAAAGCUGAUUGCAGAUGAGGAUGCUGGUCAUGACAGCCCCCUGUUUGACUUCAUUGAGAACUGCUUGAGACACAAGAGUGAGAUGGUGAUCUAUGAAGCUGCCAGUGCCAUUGUUAACAUGAAGAAUACCACAUCUCGUGAGCUGAAUCCAGCUGUGUCUGUUCUUCAGUUAUUCUUAAGCUCUCCCAAACCAACCCUUCGUUUUGCUGCCACCAAGACCCUUAACAAGGUUGCGAUGACACACCCUGCUGCUGUCACUGCCUGCAACCUUGACCUUGAGAACCUCAUCACUGAUGUGAACCGCAGCAUCGCGACCCUGGCCAUCACCACCCUACUGAAGACUGGCAGCGAGAGCAGUGUGGACAGGCUGAUGAAGCAGAUUGGUACCUUUAUGAGUGAGAUCUCUGAUGAAUUCAAGGUGGUGGUGGUGUCUGCAGUCAGGUCACUCUGUUCCAAGUUUCCUCGCAAGCAUGCAGUUAUGAUGAGCUUCCUCUCCACUAUGCUCAGGGAUGAGGGUGGAUUUGAGUACAAGCGAGCCAUUGUUGACAGUCUGAUUGCCAUCAUUGAGGAGAAUCCAGAGAGCAAGGAGACUGGACUGUCACACCUAUGUGAGUUCAUAGAGGACUGUGAACACACCUCUCUUGCUACCCGUAUACUUCAUCUGAUUGGACGGGAGGGACCACGCUCACCCAAUCCUGCCAAGUAUAUCCGCUUCAUUUACAACCGUGUCAUCCUGGAGAAUGCUGCCAUCAGGGCCGCUGCUGUUAGUUCCCUGGCCAAAUUUGGAGCCCACUGUGAGGAGUUGCUACCCAGCAUUGUGGUUCUGCUUGAAAGAUCUUUGCUUGACUCUGAUGAUGAGGUUCGUGAUAGAGCUACCUUCUACUUGAGUAUCUUGAAGCACAGCCAGAAGCCACUCAACUCGGCUUACAUCCUGAAUGGUUUGAGUGUAUCCAUCGCUGGACUAGAGAGGGCGCUUCACCACUACACCCUAUCUCCAUCGGAGACUCCAUUUGACAUAAAGACUGUACCCAUUGAGACACAGCCGUUGACAGAGCAGAAACCAGUCUCUGACAUUGCUCCUGCUAUGGCGAAACAAGAGAAAAUGGCUCCUCCUACUCAAGAUAUUUAUGCUGAUCAACUGAAAGCUAUUCCCGAAAUUGCUGAAUUGGGACCACUGUUCAAGUCGUCAGUAAAGCCCGUUGAACUCACUGAGUCAGAGACUGAAUACAUGGUUGGAUGCAUCAAACAUACAUUCCCAGAGCACAUUGUGUUCCAGUUUGACUGCACCAACACAUUGAAUGACCAGCAGCUUGAGAAUGUCACUGUACAGAUGGAGUCUGCUGAAGGUUUUGAGGUCCAGCAGUACAUUCCUGCACCAGUCCUCAAGUACAACCAACCAGGUACAACCUACACAGUGGUGCAGAUGCCUGAUGAUCCCUCCGAUGUAUCGAGUGCAUUUAGCAACACACUGAAGUUCACUGUGAAAGACUGUGAUCCUAACACAGGAGAGCCUGAUGAUGAGGGUUAUGAAGAUGAAUAUGUGUUGGAGGACAUUGAGAUAACCUUGUCAGAUCACAUGCAACGAGUACUGAAACCAAACUUCAUGGCAUCCUGGGAAGAAGUAGGGGAUGAAAAUGAGAUGGAGGAGACCUAUGGUCUGGCAUCCAAGAGUCUGGAAGAGGCCGUCAAAGACAUUGUCUCCUUCCUGGGUAUGCAGCCUUGUGAACGAUCAGACAAGGUGAGUGAAGGCAGGAGCUCUCAUACCCUCUACCUUGCCGGUGUGUUCCGUGGCGGCCAUGACACCCUGGUCAGAGCACGUCUUGCCCUACAAGACACCAUCACCAUGCACAUAACAGUCAGAAGCGGUGACCCGGUGGUCAGCGAACUUAUCGCAUCGUCUGUUGGUUAAUGUCACGGUGAUGGAAGAUGCCAUGUUCAGGAUAAUAUGUUAUGAAUUAAGGUUUAAAGUAAUAUUCAAACUAGAGAUAUAUGAAAGAAAUAUAGUUAACUUGAAAAUCAGUGCUGACCAUUUAAAAUGAUUAUAUUAGAUAGAGGGGGUUUGAAAUAUUCUGGGAGUUCCUGGUAAGUUUGAGUACUUUGGAGAUGCAAAGACUUGGGGCGAUUAUGUUCUCCAAUUUAGUAUAAGGUACUUUCAAUUUGUGCUUUUAUCUGCAUCGCCAACUCAUUUCAGAAUAUUGGUAAAUUUGUAAUUUAAAUAACACACCAAAAUAUCAUAAGAAAUACAGGUUUUAAAUUACAGAUGUGAUUUGUCAAAUGGUUGUCAUAUCAUUUAUUAUGUAUUUUCCAAAACUUAGUUCCCUUGCUUAGGAUUCUUGAAAGAAACUUGGCAUGUACAUUUGCCCAAAAAUUCUUCUCCCAAGCUAAAUGUAAUGGUCAUUUAUGUGUUGAGAUAUAAUUUAUUGUUCCUUGGGCCAUGGGUCAAGAACGAAUUCUAGCAUUCAAGUUGUUUAUUUUGCAAUUUACAAAUAUUAAUGAAUAAGUUUGAUAUUCUUCCUUCAAAACCAGUUGUAAUCUAAAAAGAAGUUCACAUGAAAAUUUAAAGUUAUGAUUCAGAUUGACUACUUCGCAUUUAUAUUUUGCAUAGAUCCAGUCAAUUAUAAAUGGAUUUAGAAGGCGAAAAAAUCUGGUAUCAUUUAUUUAUUUUGAUGUGUGAAAACUAAGAUUUUAAAGGUACACAACUGCUGCAUUUCAGCAACAAAUUUCAGGCCUGAUAUUUUGGUGUUUGGAUAUAUUUAGUUGUUAACAUGUUUGCUUUCAUGCAAGUGAUUGAGAAUUCCAUCUUGAGAUGUAUUUUAAAAUGUGUUUCUGCUGUGAUGUACAUACAGGAUAACAAUGUGAAGGAGCGUCUUAAAUGCAUUAAAAGGCUUCUAUUAUCCAUUUUAAAAACAAAAUCAAACUGCUCAUUACACUGUGGAAAAGCAGAGAUGGAAUAGCAGAAGAAAAAUGAUCAAACACUUGCAGUAAUUACAUUACAAAACUCAAGCACAAAUCAUUGAUUUUGAGUAUAUCUAGGCUCUGAAACUUGCUUGAAUGCGGCUUAUUAUUAGUAAUACAAGGUUCAGCGUUUGUAAUUAAAAUUUUAAUCUGCCCUUCCCUUCUUCUCUAUUAAUGAUAGUCCCUUUUUACUGAUUGAAUUAGAAAAUGAAUUCUGAUUCGAAGUAUUGUGAUAGGAUCUAGUGUUAUGAAUUAUUGUUACUGCUUACUGUAAGCACAAUUUGUGUACUAUCACAAUUCCUGUCACGUGUACGUAAUAUACAUGUAAUCAUGCUUCAAUAAAGUAUAGUCUGAAGAAA